AACAAUGCCGCACAGAUCCCACCGUGCCCUUUCAGUCGUGCUGCCCGUGAGCCCUGUAUCUACAAGCACUCCACGUUUUAUCUUCCAACAGCGGAAAGCGUGUCUGUCGCUGAAGCCAUCCGUUGACGUUGUCUGUAUCUGCUACAGUCUGUGUCCGGCGACAGUAGAGGCUUUUGUAACGGCACAACACCAAACCCGCACACACCAAGGCUUGACUGCGAUGGGGAGGCAAGCGUAUCUCGUCCCCGUUAGUGACAAUGCCCUCGCCCGAGAGCUUUGACUCACCUGGUCCGAUAAAGUAAGCUUCAGGUGGUCAACUCAAAAACAUUCGCAUACCGUUGCCCGGCGCGAUAGGUUCCCGGUCGUGAGCAAGCUUCCGGUAAAGGCAGUCAGCAGUUUGGCAAAACUUUCUACACACAAUAACGCAAUACAGAAGAGUUGUUUCAUCGUGCCAGCUAGCUUCUAACACAGUCGGUACGAGAUAAGGAAAACGCGAUGGAUCCCAGUAUUCUAGCAACCAUGGACCGUGACGCACUGAAAAAGCAGAUCGAAAACAUGAAGUACCAAGCCUCGAUGGAGCGGUGGCCAUUGUCGAAGAGUAUCGCAGCCAUGCGAGAAUACGUGGAGGAGAACGAAAAGAACGAUCCACUGAUUCACGCACCGGACAAGAAGAAUAAUCCUUGGGCCGAGAAGGGCAAAUGUGUCAUCAUGUAAAUAGCGUCCUAUCUUCUACCGAUAAUUCUUCUACUUCUACUCUACUACCACUACUACUACUACUACCACAACUACCACUACUACUAGAACUACUUCUACACCCCAAAACCAAUCAACUAUUUACUACAACAACUUGCUACCAUUACAACAAAUGUACCAUAAGCAUCACAGCAGAGAACUUCAGCGACGAAUCGAAACUAUCAAAUCCGUACUACUUUGUGCCACUUUUUGCCUCUUCGGCCCACACAGUACUUCAAAUCGUCGAACAAUUCAAUCGGUGUCCGAGAGUAUCAGCUUCAAAUCUCAAACUACAGUGAUGCAAGAUGUAGCUUGUAGCAGCUUUUGUUUCCGCUACCCUCCUUUCUAUUCGGUGCAUCAGUUUUGUGGUUCAGUCAUUGACGGAGGAUCUGUUGAAAAUAAGAAUUAAAUAAGGAGUAACAGGAACCAAAUGCUAACAAAUGCGAAAAUCAAUCAACAUAAUGCUCUAAAAGAUCUGUGCGGAAGUUGACAACAAGCUUACGCUGGCAUCAUGUCAGUCAUUUCAGUUCCUUUUAUGUAUCAUAAGAAAAAGUUUUGUUGUAUGUUUGUGUAUUUUUCCAUUUAAUUUAGUUUAAACAAGAAUGUUAUUCAUAUAAUGAUUUGAUUUAUGAUGUUAAAGAUUUUAAAGCAUUUUAGUGUACAUCCAAAAAAAAAGAUGCAUAAUGUAUGUUAAAUGAAGCUGGAAAAGUUAAAAAUGAAAGGCACAGAAAGGAAAAAAAAGUAAAACCAAACUUGUGGCAUAUUUGAUCGUCCCAGCAGGGCUAAAUUUCCAUCUUGCUUUUAAUCUCAUUGCGUUCUGUCUAUUAGCUUUAAGUUCCUAUCAGAUCGGUGUUGUUCUGUUUGUUUUGUUUGUUUGUACUGUCCUGUCAACUAUUCAUUAUAGUAAGUGCAAUAGCAGAAUCUGAAAAAGAAACCCAAAUACUCCCGAAUGUUUGUAACUCCCUUCCCUCAACUCCGGUGUAGCCACAAACACGUAAAGCAGCGAAACUGUGCAAAAUGUGCAAAAUUUAAGAGACAAAUUAAAGAAAACAAUUAGCGUGUGUAGCUAAUUGCACUACCGAUCUACCAAAAAACCAAACCAUUUCUAUCAUUGUUGCAUACUUUCGCCUGGUUGUUUUACUGUUUUUUUGUCGUUUUCUAUCGGCACACAAAGAUGAACAUAGGGUAACAGCUGGCACACUUCAUUACCCACAUCAGAUCAUAUGUAUUGAAAACAAAGAAAAAGAUACUGGCCAUAAGGGGUUUGUGGGACAAUUUUGUAAACAAUUCGUUGAAAUGCAAAAACAAAAAACAAAUCCCAGCAUACAUGACAUUCGCCCUAUUUUCACAUGCACGAGUCCAUUGUAAAAUGGAAGAAAAGAUCAUGAUAGCUACUGGUGUACUGGUUUUACACGUCUGCUAGAAUAAAUCAUACACAUGCAUGACUAAUUGUAUCGUUGUGUGGCGUCCUUUCCUUUUUGAUGUAUUUUUUAUCUUUGUUUACUGUUUCGAGUUUGUUCUAUUUUUUAGUUUUCAUCUUCUCUUUCUCUCAUCUCUCUUCUUAUAUUCUCUCUUUUGUUUGUUUUGUGGCGUAAUUCUGUUGUUGGUGGUUGUUCAAAGCUUCUGUUUUUCUUUGCCUUCGGUGACCGUUAUGAGGUUGGUUUUCAUUGUGAAAAAAAAAAUAUUUUCAGUUGUUAUGCUAAUUGAUACAAAUAUUGAUUGUGCUCAGUUUGUUUGGAAUGUUUAUCGAACAAUGGUUUUGAAUUUCUACAAAUUUGUAUGUUUUUCUUUUAUUUUCAUUUUUCACGAAUAACAUACAGAAAAGGUCAUGUACAUGUUUUGUUUCAUGGUUCAAACAUGACCAUUCCAUUGCGUGUUAUAUGUUUCCUUUCGUGUGAAAUAUCAUUUCAAAUAUCUCUUAUUUUUUUAAACAAACUGUACAAUAAGGCACACAGAGACGCAUUCAACAAAUGGAAAAAGCUUGUUUAUUUUACUGUACUGUACGCAAUAGUAGUCGUUGACGCAUCACUAAGCCAGGCCAAUGUAUGUCGUUUUGGCUAUUUUCUCUCUCUCUUUACUUUCAACAGAUAAAAUGACACACGUUCGAUGUUCACCACUGUCAUUAGAAAUGCUCACCUCGUCGAGUCAUAACAAAUGAACGCCGAACCGAAGCACCGAGAGCAAACGAGCGAUUAGCAUUGGUUGGAACACGCGGUGCACGAUGGAUUUUCCGGAAUUAUGUUUGUAGCAUUAACUUUUUGAAAGAGCCAAUGAUGCAAAGCAGGAGAGAAUGGUUGAAUCAGUGGCCAGUCUGCUCAGUAUUGCAGUAAUGCAACAGGAUAACGAGUGUCAUCAUUUGGCCGACAUGCCAUUCCGGCUAGACGACAAAACCGAUAAUGAUUCCACGCACAAACCACCACAAACAAUGAGAGGAUCGUUUUUUGUUUGCGCAUUGCGUUGCAUACGAAUCUAGUCAUGAGAAGUUUUAUUCACUUGUGUUUUGUUUUAGUCAAACAGCAGAGCAGCUAGUAACCAGAGAAAAGUUAACAGGCGAAUUAUUUGUUUUAACGAAGCUAGUAGAUGCCAAAAUGGGCAGACAAUGAUAAACAUCAGGAAUUAGACCCUUCGUAUCAUACCGAUUCUCUACAAUAUAUCCCCAAACUGAGCUCCCUUGCCAAGAGCUCGUGUGUUCACUAGUAGUAUUUCGCAUCAGUCGUAGUUUCUAACUGGAUUUUUGGAAUGGGUUUUCUUUUUCUAACUUUAGAGCUAGAGAGUUGCGAUUCGUCGCUGUUCGUUUUUUAAAUGUCACUAAUGUAAGAUUUAACGAACCCAGAGUAUCAGUGAAUUUCUACACCUGUCUGUCGUUUGUAACCUGACUAACUACAUUUUAAACUCGGGGCACACUCUUCACUAAUCAAUCACGUUCAACCGUAUCGUCCGUUUCUACCAUACUGUACGAAUGAAGCAAUUUUCGCUCUUUUCAUGUGGAUGUUUCACGGUGGGAAGGUGUAAGUACGUUCCCGUGCAAAGAUGGAUCCGCCUACUUUACUAGCACCCUCUAUAGAGGAAAUCCGAAAUCGAAGGACCUUGCAGGAUUGUUUGAAGUUUCAUUGAUUUUAUUUCUACAAAUUGCCUGUUGCAGUACGGUAAAACCUAGUAACCAUUUAAAAUAGAAUCAUUAUAAUUAAAUAACACAAACAUAAAGCUAUUAAUGCGGUAAAUUUCACAUUUCUUAUAAAUAAAGUAAAUGAAAGUAAACAGUCAAA